UCACUCUGUGAAUAAAAUCGCAAAUAGAACGAAAGAUAAGCUGGCUUUACCUCACCCGCCUGUAGCACGAUUCCAUGGCACUCUCCUUUCGGCCCGUCAUCCACCCCCGCGUCACCGACCGGUCACUCUUUCAGUUUCUCCCUCCCAAGCCUCCUCCUAUUCCGCCACCGUCCGUUCACCUCCUUCCGCUCACACGCCGCCGCCGCUUCCUCCUCUACUGCGUCGUUGACGGCUUCUCUGACGACGCCGUAUCCACGCGCAACUUCAACCGCGGAUUCACCGUCAUCGCUGCCAUGCUCAGCCGCGUCGAGCCCCUCGAUAACUCCGCCAUCUCCAAGGGCGUGUCCUCCGCUGCGCGCGACUCCAUGAAGCAGACCAUCUCCACCAUGCUCGGCCUCCUCCCCUCCGACCACUUCGCCGUAACCGUCACCGUCUCCAAACACCCCCUCCACCGCCUCCUCUUCUCCUCCAUCGUCACCGGGUAUACUCUGUGGAAUGCAGAGUACAGGAUGUCUCUGGCAAGGAAUCUGGAUAUAUCUGUUACCAGGGAUGAGGGGUCGGAUGGUGGAACACAUUCGGGGGUUUUGGAGGUGAAGGAUGGAGCAAAAACAGAGGGUAAUGAGAAAAUGGAGGUUGUUAAUCAUUUUGAAAAUUGCAGCGGUAGCCUGAAAGAGUUUGGUGAUUUGCCUCCUCAAGCUUUGAGUUACAUCCAGCAGUUGCAGUCUGAGUUGACAAGUGUGACAAAGGAGCUGAAUGCCCAAAAGAAGGAAAUGAUGCAAUUAGAACAUGAGAAGGGAAAGUGGAACGAUUUGUUGGAAUAUCUUCGGUCUCUAGAUCCUGAUAUGGUGAAUGAAAUGGCUCUGCCUUCAUCAGCAGAAGUGGAGGAUAUAAUUAACCAACUUGUUCGGAGCAUAUUGAGAAGAUAUUUUGGAGAUGAUGCUAGCUCUAAUGUAACGGAAAAAUCAGUUGAAGGAAACAUGGACAAUCACUCAGACAGUAGUGAGGAGUUUAGUGUCACGUUAAAUGCUUCUCGGGAUUACCUAGCAAAGUUGCUUUUCUGGUGCAUGUUAUUGGGUCACCACUUGAGAGGGUUGGAGAAUAGACUGCAUCUGAGUUGUGUCGUUGGACUGUUGUAGAGAAGUUCAUAGACAUGUAUAUUCUUUUCUUCCUCUUUUUCUAUUUAUAUCCCUUCUCCCUUCUCAUAAUUAUUUUUUUUUUCCGUUCAAUGAAAAAGUCUUAGUGUCAAAUGAAUAUUCUCCUUGCUCCUGGCUCUCUUUCUCUUGAUUGUGAAUACUCAUUUAUGGGUCUUAGUCUAUA